AUGACUGAUCAGACAUAUGAUCAUACUAGUCCAAAUAAUAGUGAAGUUACAGCUUUACAAGAUAUUUUGAGUGCUUCUGAAGAAGAAUAUUCUGAUCAAGUAGAAUUAUUGUCAACAUACGAAAAAAAAAGAAAACAUGCUGAGGAGAAAAAAGAUGAUAAAGUAUGGAAUGAUGUUAUUAAGGUGUAA